GGCAAGGCAAAUACUCUAAAGAUGGUGAGGAUUUUGGCCAAUGGAGACAUUGUACAAGAUGAUGAUCCUCGAGUCAGGCAGAACACUCAGAACUCAUCCAGGCUGGGGUUUUUCAACACAAUGACUAAUGCGAGCUCCAGCCCGCACCAGCGCUUCCAGCAACAGUCUCAGCACCAGGGGGCCAGGCCAGGGGAGCGGUCGCCAUUUGCAGACCUAAACCACCAGCUGGUGAACAUGGGCUUCCCCACCUGGAACCUCGGCAGUCACGUGGUGCAGCCCUUGAUGUCCAUCCUGUUGCUGUUCCUGCUCCUGAUGUUUGGGAUCCGUGGCCUCCUCCUGGUUGGUCUCAUCUACAUCGUGUCCCACUUGAGCCAGCGAUGACAGGGCUUCUGGACGGGCCACGACAGCCACCUGGCUGGAGCAGAAAGGCCAGGCUUCCUUGUUGGGUGCGGGUGUGUUGGAGAGAAAG